UCCCGAUAUGAUCCCUUGUUAAGUUUUGGAUGUAUUUGCUUUGAGUCCAGCUCUAUUAGUAGAUCUAUAGUAUAUAGACUAGAUAUAGAUCUAGAAUCUAAAUCUAGUCCCUAUAUCUUUAGAUUGUAUAAAAUCUUCUAGAUCUAGAGCUGUAACUUAAACUAAAGUGAAGAUGCCCAUGCGUGGAAAGUUAAAACAAAAUGAUGAAGCAGUAAUUAGGCAAAAUUAUCUGUUUUUAAAAGAGGAAAUAGAGGCAAAACAUAUAGUGGAUUAUCUGUAUUCAAAGGAUGUCAUUUCAUUAGAUGACAAGGAAGAAAUUGUUUGCCAGCCUAGUAGAUCUAGAAGGAAUGAUGUACUUUUAGACAAGUUGAUGCAUGCUGGCCCUGGUAUUGCUUAUUGUGAAUUUUUGAAAGCACUUGAUGAAGAAUAUAGCCACGUUUCUCAAAAAUUAAGGAAAACUAAACUCCCAGCAGCCCAACAACAGCAAGAGCAAUCUUGGUUUGAGGAGUUACCAGAUCAAUUCAAACAAACUCUGAUCACUGAUGCUAUGGCCACCAGAUUAUCAGAAUGCUUUGGUAGUAACUGGGAAAGUGUAAUGUUGGAAUUAGGUCACACUCAGGUAAUCAUUGACAGAGAGAAGCAGAACUGCAGCAACAAUGUUGUUCGGGCCAUCACAAAUCUUUUAAUUAAGUGGCGUCAAAAGCAGCCAAAAGUGGCCACCUAUGAGAAGCUGGUAGAAUGUCUAGAAAGUAUGAAAGAUGGUGGUAAUGUUAAUAUUGAUUUUAAUGAACUAGAAAAAAUUAUAGUUGCUGAAAAUACAAGACUGAGCUAUGCCAUGGAAACAGAUGAAAGUAUUUUGGAAACGAUUCCUAGGCAGGAAUCAAAUGCUCAAUGAAAAUAAAAUGACUAGCUUUUCAAAUAGUGCCAUUUUUUAAAUGUAAUUUGUAGUUCAAGCUAAAACUUGACCAGGCAAAUAUUAAUAGGGUUAUUUUAUUUUUUGGUCUCUAAUGUAAGUCAUAGCUGAUUAAACCAAAGUAGAAGAUAUUGCAAUAUUACUUUAAAGCCACUGUUGUCUCUUUAUGAAAUUUCCUUUUUUUUUUUUAAAACUAUUUUCUAAAAAAAAAAAUGAAGUGGAAUCUACUAAAUUUGAACCACUAGUGUGCAUUUUAAUUAACACAUUUACUCCUCAGUAAAGGAAAUAAUUGAACAUGUUUGAAUUUUUUAGAUUCCACUGUAUUUAUUUUUAGUUCUCUUGAGUAUGUGUGGGCAUAUCUAAACAUUUUCAAUACAUAAAUAUGUAUUUAUAUCUUUGCAAGCAAAUUAAUUGAAAUGUGACACCAGAUUAGUAAAUCAAUGAUUACAAUGUGUUAAGAUCAUAACAUAAAAAAUGUUUGACCCUUGCACAACAGUCUACUAGCCUUUAUUUUAUUAUAUACAUUAGUUUAAUCAUUUUAAUUUUAUACUAAUAUGUGAUUGAAAAUAGUGUAAUAGAUUACUGUGAUAAAAUUUAAACAACAAUUAAAACUGGUGCCAUACAUAAUUUUUAAAAAUUUCCCUGAGUUUUGAUUUUUUAUUCUGCUCAUCUGUGUGUAUCACAAUAAUGCUGUUGUGCUUGAGUUGCCCCACACACAUAAAACUAAUGAAAUGUAUUUUACUUUCAUAUAUAUUUUUUUCUUUUUUCAUUACUUUAAACUAAUAUCUAAAAAUGUGGGCAGCUGUUUUUAUCUAUGCAGUUGUAGCUUAACAAGAAAACAAAAUUACAUCUUUGAUAGCAGUAAAGCCUUAUAAAAAAGUUUUCUUAUCUCAACAAAGAAAAUCUUUUCAUCUGGUUUGUGUGCUAGCUAUGGGCACUAUUUCUCUUAUAAAUAUAGUAAUUAAUUUUUUUUACCAAAUCAAAAAACAAGUUCCGAUUCUAAUAUCUUUGGAAAAUUAAGCUGGCCAAUAUUUCAGUGUACAUAUGUGCACAUUCUAAGUCUAAGUGUGUGCUUCCUAUUUUUUAUUAAAAAAAACAACAGUAUCAUCAUUUUCUUUCCACCACAUUUGCAGCAUGAGCCUAAUAUAGCAAGUUUACAUGAAUUCAAAGACUUGUCAUUUAGAGUCUGCUGAUUUUUUUCAAGAAUGAUCUAGUUUAUUGAUGUAACAUUUGGAGAGCAAUCAAAUAAAUUCAUUUUUUGUUUAAAGUCAAUUAGAUAAAAGUCAACACACUGCAUUGCUACUUGUUAGGAAUAAAGGAAUGAAGUCUUUCUCUGCUUUUCCAAGUAAUCUGAGGUUUUUUUUCUUUUUGUAAAAUAUGAAUUUCUAUCACAUUUUGAAAUUGAGAAUUUCUAACAUUUAAUUUAUCUAGUAGUACCUUUCAACAUUAUGAUGUGUUUUUCAACUUCAAAAAUUAGAUGCCUUUGAGCUCUUUGCCCGCCAGGAGAGAACCUGUUCUUGAGGAAUUGCCAACUCAUCUUUGAAAAUAGAUAUUUUUUUUAAAUUAACUAGCUUGCUUAAUUAUUUCUUUAUUUUCUAAAUGAUAGAUGAUUUUCAGUUGUGAAAAACUAUUACUAAAAAUAAGAUGUUUUCUUUAAGUGCAUUUUUGUUGUUACAUAAGAUAAUUUAUAAGGUGAAUUUCAUAUUUAUUGUUACCCUGAUUUAACCAGUAAUUCUCUCAUGAUGGUUGAAGUAGCACUGAUUGGCUACCAAUCAAAAGAUGUUGAGCUUGAGGUAUAGUAGCUACUGGAAUCUGAACUCACUGCUCAAUACUUCUGCUCAUGGGAAUGCUCCAGAACUUAGCUGACUUAAGCAUUGACAAAUGUGCUUAGGUUUACUAAUAAAUAGUAUUCAUAAUACCGGUACUCUUCGGAAAGCAAACACAAUAUCUUUACUUUGUGCCAUAUUUUUUGGAAAGUAUUUUAAAAAAAAAUAAUUUGUGAUUUUGUAAUUUAAAAAAACAUGGUAAAUUAUAAUUAUUAUAAUUAUAUUAUUACAUUUUAAUUUAGUCCGUAAAAGUACACAGUGUAUUGUUGAACUUGGAGUAAAAAUUUGUUGUUUAAUGUUUUAUUGUAACCAAUUCAAAAUGUUCUGGCUUGUAAGAAAUUUAUUUACUGUGUAGAAGAGCCAGGAUGGAGUCUUGGAAUUUAAUAUUACUCCCUGGUCUGCCAAAUUUAGUUGGACUCUAUUUACCCAUAGGCAUUACGGGAUGCAAUACUUUCAUAUAACAGAAUCUUUCCAAUACCGAUAGUUCUAUUUAGUUCAUAUAAUUUUAUGGUAACAGUUGUCUAGUAUUUUGUUGUGGUUGACAAACUGUUUUAUUACAUUUUAUAUGUGUUAUAAUUCGUUCAUUUUAUGUGUAAAAUGUAUAUGUAUACAUUUCUAAAACUAGGUUGACUGAAAUUGAUACAAGUUUGGAUUUUUUAAAAUGUAUAAAUUUAUACAGUACUGCUCUUUAAUAAUAUAUAUAUAUAUUUUUUAGUUAUUUAUUAUCUUUGAAUGAAAAUGUCAAUUCUAUUGUUACUGAAUAUGCAGUUUAAAAUAAAAGGAUCAAUACAUCUUU